AUGAAUGGUAAAAAUAUGGAGGACGAAGAAAUUGAAAAUGUUGAUGAAGAAGUUGGUGAAGAUGUUGAUGAAGAUGUGAUUUUUGAAGGUAUAGAAAAUAAAAAUGAUAUAAUUGAUUUAAGUUCAGAUGAUGAAGAGUUAUAUAAGAAUAGUACAGAUGUUAAUGAUGAAAUAAUAAAAUAUAAAGAGAAAUAUAUAUCUUAUAACAAAAAGUUUUAUACUAAUAAAAGUAUAUAUUGUAUAAAUUCUUUUAAAAAAUGGAUAUAUUUUGGUAGUAUAAAUAAUAAGUGUUAUUUAUAUAAUAAUUUUGAUGAUGAUUUGAAGAAUUACAUUAUGAGUAUCACAGGCCAUAAUAAUAAUUAUAAUAAUAAUUAUAAUAAUAUUUGUAGUAGUAAUAAUUAUGAUAAUAUAAAUUUUGGGCAUGAAAAAAAUAAAAAAAUAAAUUUACGUGAUUUAAAACAUCAAAUAUAUAGUGAUACUAUUACAAAUAUAAAAAUAUCGAAUAACUUUCAAUAUGUUGCUUUGUCUAUAUAUAAUGGAGAUAUAUAUAUAUAUGAAAAUAAUAACCAUAAUAGUUCAGAAAUUAUUAAUUACAAUUUAAAUAAUAUGAAGAAAAAUAUAAAUAAUAGCAAUUGUUUAUUGGAUAUAUGUAAUUGGGAUAUGGAAAAAAAAACAAAUGAAUAUAUAUUAAAUGAAAAUAUGAAAUUAAUAAAUAUAUUAAGUAUUAAUAAUGAUAAUGAAAAAAGAGAUUUAGAAUAUUCCAUGUUUUGUUUAUAUCAUGAGCAUAUAUUUAUAAGUAUAUAUGUAAAUUGUACAAAUAUUUAUGUAUGGGAUGUAUUAGAAGGAACUCCAAUAAAUAUUAUACAUACUAUACAAGUACCUACAUUUCUAAACUUAUGUAAUUACGAAAAUAAAUAUUAUAUGAUAGUUGGGUUCAAUAACGGAGAAAGUUGUGUGUAUGACUAUGAUAUAUAUAACGCAAAAAAGAUUGGGAAAAUACAAGGAAAACAUGAUGAUAAAAAUAAAUAUUGUGAUAUUUAUAAAAAUGUGCAUGAUAAUACAUAUACAAAUUCACAUAAUAAUAAUAAUAAUUGUUAUUAUAAUGAUGACGAUAUAAAUGAUGGGGUAUUAUGUAUAGACAACAAUCUUGGUAACGAAAUAUAUACUUGUACCUUUAAAAAUGUUAUAAAAAUAUACAAUAUAAAUAAUAAUAAUCUGAUUAAUACAUACACAAAUUUACAUGAUGAUUUAAUAGAUUAUUGUUUAUUUAAUAAUAAAAAAUAUAAUUUAUUUGCAUCCUGUUCUUUAGACAAUAAAAUUAAUAUCUAUGAUUUUCAACAUAAUAAAUCUAUAAACCAAUUUUAUGUAAAUUAUCAUUUUAAUGAACCAUAUACAAAGGAACAAACCGAAAAAGGAAUAAACUUCUUAAGAUGGAUUAAUAGUAAUUUACUUUUAUUUACAAGUUUAAAUGGUAAUAUAUAUAUCUAUGAUAUUAGAUCCAGAAAAUGUAUUCAUCAAUUUUAUUCUCACACCGACACUAUAUUUAAUGUAAAUCUUUCUCUUCAUUUAUAUCAAAACAAAAAUAUUUUAUCCAUCUUAACAGCUAGCGAUGAUAAUUCGUCCAACAUGCACCUUCUGGACAUAUCUCCCCAUUUAUAA